GACGUUUGAAGUAAGAGAAAAGCAAAUUGGGGGGAACUGAGAGCAUAGCUUGCUGAGGGUUUGCAGUGUGCACUUCGAUGCAAUCUGAGACUUUGUUCAACCGUUUCAAUUAGGGUUUUUGUUUCAUUCAUUCGUUCACUCUUCUGAGAUGGAUAUGUCAUGUGAUAAUCAAAUUAAUGUCUCUUCUUCCCCAAAUUCCCUUCAUUCUGAUCCCCCCAUACUCAUCAACCACCAAGAUAUACUCAUCAGACGCGCACAAAUGUAUCAGGAUUUCAUGAAGCAGAUUCCAGUUCCAAGCCACAGAGGCUCUGUGAUUCCAUUUACCUCAUGGAUGGGAUUAGGCAGAUCCAUUAAGCAGUUAUAUGGGCAGCCUCUUCAUUACCUCACAAAUGUUCUCCUUAAGCAGUGGGAUCAGUUGAGGAUUGGCAGUGACGAUGAAUAUAAGCCCUUGGACGACAUAAUUCAUCCCUGCAAAGCUGAAGCCACCAUCUGGCUCAUUGAAGAAAUCCAUCGACAAACCUCCUCGUAUUUUCAUGUUGCUGAGCUGUGGAAGGUGGAUCCAAUGUUCAAUAGUUUUGUUGAUUACAUAUUCCCUACUUUUGAGCACACAUCAUGAAGCCAUUUAGUUUAGAGGCUUUGACUGUA